AUGCCGCGGCUCACUAACGGCCUCGGGGUCCAGGUCGAGGACACCCACAUCUGCGUGGUGAUGGUGGGGCUGCCUGCUCGAGGCAAGAGCUACAUUGCGCAAAAAGCCCAGCGCUACCUCCAAUGGCUCUCCGUCCCGGCUGCGACCUUCAAUGUGGGCAAUUAUCGUCGGAAAGACGCGGCCCAGCCCACCGCCGACUUUUUUGACACGAACAAUGCCGCGGGCGAGCGUACGCGGCGCGCGGCCGCAGAGGCUGCCGUCGCCGACAUGAUGAAGUGGUUCAAGUCUGGUGGUGUCGUCGGUAUUCUCGAUGCGACCAAUUCUACUAAGGAGCGCCGGAGAUGGGUGCUGGAGACGUGCCAGAAGGAGGGCAUCGAGACCAUCUUUGUCGAGUCAAAAUGCGACGACGAAGAGCUGAUCAUGGCCAACAUCCGAGACGUCAAGACGACGAGCCCAGACUACCAGGGACAGGACCCCGAGGAGGCUGCGCAGGACUUCAGGAAUCGCAUCCGCAACUACGAGAAGAUCUACGUCUCGAUUGACGAGGACGGCGACGAGAGCGAGAUGACGUACCUCAAGAUGAUGAACGUCGGGCGACAGGUCAUCAUCAAUCGCAUUCAAGACUACCUCGAGAGCCGCAUCGUCUACUACCUCAUGAACCUGCAUAUCCGCCCGCGCUCCGUCUGGCUCUCCCGUCAUGGCGAAUCGAUGUACAAUCUCGACGGCAGGAUUGGAGGCGACGCGCAACUUUCGCCGCGCGGCGAGCAAUACGCCCUGAAAUUGCCCGAGCUGGUGCGCAAGUCUGUGGGCGAUGACCGCCCGCUGACCGUCUGGACCUCGACUCUCAAGCGGACGAUCGCCACUGCGCGCCAUCUGCCCAAGCACUACAACCAGCUCCAGUGGAAGGCACUCGACGAGCUCGACUCGGGCGUCUGCGACGGCAUGACCUACCAAGAGAUCAAGGACUACUACCCCGAUGAUUUCCGUGCCCGCGACGAGGACAAGUACAACUACCGCUACCGCGGCGGCGAGUCGUACCGCGACGUCGUGAUCCGUCUCGAGCCCAUCAUCAUGGAGCUGGAGCGCUCCGAGGACAUCCUCAUCGUCACGCACCAGGCCGUGCUGCGCUGCAUCUAUGCCUAUUUCAUGAAAAAGGAUCAGGAAAAGAGCCCUUGGAUGCAUGUUCCGCUGCACACGCUGAUCAAGCUCACCCCCCGCGCCUACGGCACCGAGGAGGUGCGCUACCCGGCCGGUAUUGACGCCGUCAGCACCUGGCGCGGCAAGGGAUCGACGGCCAAGCACGAGGAUCCCGUCCCGGAGGUGAUCUGA